AUGCAUAUGAAAGUCUACUUGCUUUUGGGGGGGCUUUUUGCCUGUGCACGAGCAGACGUCACAAUAGCAGACAUAAUGGACAUACAGUCGACGCCCCUAGUGGAAGGAAAGGGCGAGGUGAUGCAUAUACGCCCAACCGCGCUGCUAAACCCAAUAUACGGCCUACUGUGCAAAUAUCUUGGCCUGAUGCAUAACCAGAGACUGUGCGCGCCCGAAAUGCACACAGCUUACCGAGUGAAAAUGCAUGAUCUGCGCACAUCCGGGGGCUCAACGCACUGCACAAGAUAUGCAACCCUUGACAGGCCGUAUAUAAUAGCAGCGGACUGUGCUUUGAAUAAAGCGCACCAGCGCACAAAGUAUCGCAUCAGGUACUGCAAGACUCUCAUACAAAUGUUCCCUUCUGAGGAUGGGGCAAACCUGUCCAUCGAGUCGAGCAGAAGAAACCAGCUAACAAAUAUCCUUAGGUGCCCCCAAGUACGGAAGCAGGCGAAUUAUGUGCUUGUGAUGCUGCUGCUUCUCUGCGAGGGCGUGGACCUGAUCAUCGACAGCACGCCUCUGGAAAUCAAUUUUUAUAGUGACCCUUCGCGCAAGCACACAGUGCUCAAUGUGAGCGUUGAGGGCCGUAGGUACGAGUAUUUGCUGAAAGAGUUUAAUGAGAUUUUUGAGUUUUUUAGAACGUACACGGGCGUAGUGGCGCUGCCCAGCACAAAAGAGCAGUUUUUAACCGGCGAGUUUUUGUACAGCCCGCACAUGCUCAUACAGUCAUAUAUAGCUGAGUACAUAAAGGAAAAGAGCGAGAUGAUGGAGUUUAUUAGGAGCGCGUACAGGCUUCUUAAAUGUCUGAAAGCGACGCAGACGAAUACCGACGACGUUUUCAACCGGUGGUUUAUGCCCGAGUGCGAGGCCUACAAAACGCUAGAGCACUUCAGGCCCCUUUUAGAGGCGUGCUGCGACAUGGAAGACUUAAUGAUGUUUCCGCAGAUGGACCUGAGCCGGCUGCAGGAAAACAGCAAGAUGCAUGCGUAUAAUAGAGAAACAGACCUGUUUGACAAAAAGCACAGGCCUGUCGGAGCUGUGGAGAAAAUUACCUUGGGGCUGGUUUUAUGCUUUGCACACGACCCACUUGAGAAAAAGUACAACCUAAAGAGCAUGCUUGCGCAGAGAUUUAACACAUCUGACACCAAAGACCUGAGAGACUUUUUCAGGCUCAUGGAGGACAUGGCAAAGACGUCAAAUAGCCGGUUCUGCCACAGAGUCUGGUCCAAGGUGGUUGGAGGCCUGCCUUGCAAAGAGAUUGCAUAUUGCGAAGAAGGCAGAACUAUGCUAAAGGCGGGCAUUCUGAACAUUGCAUAUGUGCUUGCGCACAUCACCAACUGUCCGCGCACUGAAAAGGACAAGAUACGAAGCCUUAUGGCCCGCGUGCGCAGAACAGAGCAGGGCGCGCUGUCCUGUGAGCUGCUCGAGGAGGUGCAGCGCUGCAUAACAGACCUUUUCACGCUGCUCUCCGUGAACAAGCGCUUGACGGUUAGCAUAAGAAACGCCUGUCUGUCCAAGGCGGCAGAUGACGCUGCUCCAGAGACGGGCUGGCGCGAUGUCUACGGGGAAAUCACGGUGAAAUACCAGUUUAAAGGAAGCAGUGUUGUGGCGGGAGUGGCUAUAGGCGUGACAGCCAGAGCGUCGUACAUCAACCUCUUGCCCGCUUCCCUUUCGGACAAGGUGCUCGAAGAGUGCAGGGCCUUCGAGAAGAAAAACAGGCUGUGCAGCAGGCAGACAGGGUUUUUGAACUGCAUUCUUAUGCACUACAUAGAACGGGUGGGGUUCAAGUACACCAGGGAAAUAAAUAUUGCAGGAAAGAAAAGUGAAAUAGGAAAGAAGGUUUUGGAGGUUGUGAGAAGCAGCCCGCAGAACAUAGUGAAGCUGUGCUUGAUGGAGUGGAUUUCGAGCCCGUUCAUGCGGAGAAUAAUGAUUCAGUACCUUUCAGAGUACAUGGUGGGCGAGGGCAUUGAUGCAGGGCCAACCCAUUCUAUCGUGCGCUUCAUUUCAAACCUGCUAGGAAGCUUUCCCUUCAACGAUUAUGCAGCCCAGCAAGCUGUCUCGCACAUAUUGCAAGCCACCGGCAGAGUGAAGACGCUGUAUCCAAAUGUCCAAAUAGCGGACAGCGCACACAACACGCUGUUCCGGAACUUUGCGCUCAUGUUUCGUCACAAGAGGCUUGUCAGCAAAGAGCCUUCGCACCUGGCAGCCCUUUUUAUGAACCAUCUUAGAAUAUACAGCGCGGAAACAAACGAGUCGCUGGUCCUUUGCCCUGCCCUAAAGUGCUCCUACGUACUGAAAAGCGCGUUUGACUGCCUGUUUGCAGAUGGAACGGCCAAAAACUCCCAAGAAAUAUCAAAGAUUCUUCUGGAAGACAGAAAAGCCUCGCUGCAAGACAUUUUGGAAAUGGAAAAAAAUCUGGUGAUUGCAUGGUUUGCAUGCUCGGUCGGCGAGAAAGCCCCGCGGGACAGCCUGCUCACGGAGCUGUACACUCUGGUCCAGGAGGAUGGUAGGUACAUACGGACAGAGGACGAGCAGGCGGGCAGCGCGUGCAACCUGCCUUGCGCAGAGUAUAUUCUAAAGCGCAUAAUCCAGAUAGAGCCCAUACUUCUGAGGUAUGGCACGCGCACAAAGUUUGCGUGCGUUUGCGACAUAUUCAAUAGAGAAAUCAAGAAUUCAUAG